GCUUUCAUAUAAUUUGACAAUAUCAUGACAUAAUCGACCUUGACAGUUUUCAACGUGUUAACUGUUGAUGCAAUAGAUACUUAUAUAGAUUCUGCCUUUUUCCUACAUUUUUGCAGUGCCAGCAAUGGCUACAUCCUCAACCUCUGGCCUUCCACAAGAUGAUGGUCUGUGGAUAUUUCUUCGCAACAGAGGUGUUCCUGAGGAGAGUAUCCAGAAAAUGCAGCAGGAUCAUAUCGACAUCUCGCUCAUUGGAGAGAUAGAUGAUGCCAUUAUGGCUUCUUACAUUCCCGCAUAUGGUGACAGGAUUGCCACAAGGCGUUUCUGUAUGGACAAACAGAGAAGAGGUGGAAAUGAGACAAAAAGACUGUCCUUAUUUGAAAAACUUAAAAAAAAAAUGGGCACAAUGAGCAACACAGACAGCGAUCAAGAUUUUGAGAGGGAAAAUACCGUGCAGUCAAAAAAAAUGCAUCUAAGAAGUAAUAAGAGAGCCUGGAAGACAACCAGAAAAAUAGAGUUAGGGUGGAUACAUGAUAACAGACAAGUCAGAAAACGCAGUGGUGGAGGAACCAGAGUUCUUGAUAUUAACAAGAGUGCCACCAAAAUUGAGAUUUUGUCACAAGCAAAAAAACUGUUUUUCCAUAAUGAAAAGUCAGUGAUGGGAAAGUGGGAAGAGUUCAGUCACGAUGUAGUUGACUUUCAGGAAGCACAAGUUGAUGAGGAUGUUAGUGUAGGAGAGUACUACGAAACCCACAAAUUUGGGUUGUUAAGAUUUUAUUUGUUCACAAAGACCCUGACCAGUGAAGAUGACCCAGAGGAAAGAGCUGAUGUACUUACAGAUGAGCAACAUGAAAACACAACAGAAUCUGGACAAGAGAAGCACACAAUGGAAGACGUCGAGCAACUGACACAGGAAAGACAUAACAGUGAAAAUGAAAUGCACACAGUCAAAGAUGAUGAGCAAAGUACUGCUACAGUGUCAGCUGAUGUCUCUCCUGCAGCUAUUCAGAUUAUUGACCUUACAUCUUUGUGUAAUACAUCAGAAGUCGUUUUUGGUCCUUUGACAGGUGGGCCGUUUUUAGGUGCUCUUGAUGAUACACUCAUAUAUGAGCCAAUCCUUGCCAUAGAAGACGAACAAAUAAACACCCCCACCUCCACCUCAACUCCUAUUAAUGCUGGCACAGCUUCUGCUACACCACCAAGUCCUGCCUAUGAACUUUUGCAUGUGACUGUGAAACUUCACAGAGUGACUCUCGUAGAUGAACUGAUUGCCCAGUUCAAGGAUGAAGCAAUGAUGACCUACUCUUUGAAAUACAGCUUCAUUGAUGAAAUGGGAGCAGAUGCUGAUGGUGUGUCCAGGGAUGUAUACGCUGCCUUCUGGACAGAGUUUUUAGAUUGUGCAGCAGAAGGUGCAGAUGUGAGGGUGCCAUCACUCUCCCCAAAAUGGCAAGAGGAGGAAUGGAAGUCUGUUGGCAGGAUAUUGGCCAAAGGACUGAAGGAUCAUGGAUAUUUUCCAUUUCGGCUGGCACAAGCCUUUACAGCAGCAGUCAUAUUUGGUGAACGCUCUGUUUCACCUGAUUUACUGUUUGACUCUCUGAUGUUGUAUCUUAGUCAGUCUGAGCGUGAUCUCUUGUCCACUGCUUUGCAAGAGGCUGUUGUCAGCGAUGAUGAGGAAGAGCUUCUUGAUCUUAUGGAUCGCAUGGGAGUAAGAACAGUACCAACACAAGAUAACUUGAGAGCUGUGCUUGUCCAGGUCGCCCACAAGCAAAUGAUCCAGCACCCAAAAUAUGCACUGGAUAAUAUUGCAGAGGUUGCAGGGCCAAUACUCAGGGAGUUUUUCCCCAGUGUAGAGGAUAUGAAAAAGCUGUAUGAGGACAUUAAACCAACAACACGAAAGGUCAUUAAGAUGAUAACAGCUUCUCCCACCUCUUCAGCAGAGAACCAAAGUUUGCGAUUUUUACAUCAGUACAUAAGGGGAUUGGAUGAAGUAGGUCUCCGCAAGCUGAUGAGAUUUCUGACUGGGUCUGAUGUCAUCUGUGUAAAAGAAAUUCAAGUCACAUUCACCUCUUUUGAAGGGCUAGCACGGCGGCCAAUUGCCCAUACUUGUGGCCCAACUGUGGAGCUGCCAUCAACUUACAACAGCUAUCCUGAGCUUCGAGCUGAAAUGGAGGCCAUCCUGUCCAACAACUGUUACACAAUGGACAUUGCAUAAAAGUGAAUGAAAAACACAGACACAUUUUUCUCUUCCCAUCAGUGCCAGCAAUGUAGGUUUAGGAGAAAAUGCAAAAUUAUUUCUAUUGCAUUGUGAAUAUUUUGGUGGUAUUAUAUCAGGAAAACAAUGGUUUACUUUGCCUUAAGACUUUUUCUGUUAUCAGAGCAUGUGAGGAGAAUAUGUGACUAACUCAGGGCCUAUGUGAUAAGCACUUUUUUAAAAAAAUUUUGGAUAUUUUCUUUGUAUUUUAAAAGGAAACAGUUAAUUUACUUUUAUUUAUGGCAUUUUUGUUACCAGUCAGAAUCUUUGGACAUUACAUUAUACUUUCAUUAUAAUAUCACUGUUAAAUCAUAAUAGAAUUUGAACCUCUACCUCAUGUCAGAUGUUAAUACUGACAG